CUUAAGGUUUAGUGAAAACAGUCGGGUGUGUUUUUUUCUUCUUGUGCUUACUUAAGUUAAAACAAAAUCAAACGUUUAUGUUUCAACGUUUUAUGACAACAUGACAGCAGAUAAACAAAAGAUUGACAAUCCAAUCGUAUUUUUUGACAUCUCAAUUGGAAAUGUGGAAGUUGGCAGAAUUAAGUUUGAGUUAUUUGCAGACCUAGUACCAAAAACAGCAGAAAACUUCAGACAGUUCUGUACAGGGGAGUACAGGAAGGAUGGGGUGCCUAUAGGCUACAAGAACUGCUCCUUCCACCGGGUUAUCAAGGACUUCAUGGUGCAGGGUGGAGACUUUGUCAAUGGUGACGGUACUGGUUUGACGAGUAUAUAUGGAGGAUCCUUUUCUGAUGAGAACUUCAAACUGAAACACACAGGACCUGGCAUUCUAUCCAUGGCCAACAGUGGUAAAGACACAAAUGGUUGCCAGUUUUUCAUCACUUGUGCAAAAUGCGACUUCUUGGAUGGCAAACAUGUGGUCUUUGGUAAGGUGGUUGAUGGCCUGCUGGUGCUGAGGAAGAUAGAGAACGUGCCCACAGGGCCCAACAACAAGCCCAAACUGCCUGUGAUCAUCACCCAGUGUGGAGAGAUGUGACACGUACAUUCACACACACGCACAUCUAUAAGCUUAAGUGACAUUGAGAGGCACCGAAUUCAUGAACAUGCAAUAUAAGGUUGAAGUGUGGAGAGUUUAAAUGGAGUAUGAUGGAAUUUUGGCUUAUUUGUCCAGUAAAAAUCAUGAAUGAAUGAAAUGAGUGUUGAGAUUUUGCAUGUUCAUGUAGCACAUUAAAAUUGUGACAAUAAAUGCAAUAUUGAAGACGAAAAUCAAUCUUAGAAUGUUGAUAAUCUUACAGAAUAAAAGUCUUUAGUCUGUAUCCAUGUAAAAUAGAGAAAGUAUUUUAACACGCCUCUUCUGAAAUGACUGCUUCAGUAUAGUCGAAGCAUAUGUGAUGCAAUUUUGAUGUUUGCAAAAUUGUUGUUAAGUCUUUUUUUAGUAGACAUUGUAUUGUUAAUUUUUUAUAGAAUCUUCAUUGUAACUGCAAUUGUCUUUGUAAAUAAUAUUCAAAAUCAUGAAUUGUCAUUAAAAAAUUAAUUCAUUUAUUAUGUUCACAAGUUCACAAAUUAAAAAGAUGAAUCUAA